GUCCCGUUCUCUCGUCUCCCAAAACAACUUCCCGCUGCCCAAAUCCUUUCAAAAAUAUUCCACACAAAACAGAGCCCAACGCCUCAAAACCGAAGGAAGAAGAAGAAAGCAAGAAACCGUUUAGAUUUCAGAUCACUCCUCCUCCUUCCCCAUUCGGUCCUUUCUCUUUCAGAGAGACUGCGAGAGAGAUAUGGAGUCGGAUCUCUCUCUCUUGGAGAUCACCAGCGAAGACGAUUCUCUGCUGCUACAGAUUCCAAACGACGACGCUUCCACCCUCAACAACAACAACAACAACAACAACUAUUUCUACUGCUCGCCUCUCCAAAUCGCCGGAUCUAAGCGCCCCGUUGCUCGUCCUCCUCGUUUCCCUCCAAUUGCGGAGGGUAAAGUAGCUGUUGAGGAUGGUGAAAAACCAAUGUGUUCAUUGCAAACAGAUAUUAUUAGCAAAGAAAACAUCAAUGCGAACAAGUCAGAAAUGCCAAAACUCUGUAUGGAGUCCCAGCAAAUGAAGAGAAGGAAAAAGGGUGGAGGAUACAAUUUGCGCAAAAGUUUAGCCUGGGACCGAGCCUUUUUUACUGAACAAGGUGUUUUGAACCCCCUAGAGCUAUCUAUGAUUAGUGGAAGUUUUAGUAAGGCUGGUGGGGAGAUUUUUUCAGAUAUCCCUGAAGAAGGGAGAGAAUUGUUGUCUAGUGAAUUGGAAGGCACACCUGAUUCACCAGAUUUGCAAGCAAUUGAAGAAAAUUUAUUCAAGGAAUCAUUGACAAGUUCUCUGAACAAAGAUAGGAAGAGCAGUUGUUGCGUACUGCCGAAGCAUGGUUCACCAUCUGCAGAUAAACCGGCCCCAGAUUCUGUGGCCAAGAAAAUGGUGCUUUCAUCCAAUGAUGCCAAUAAAAGUGGGUCUAAACGCAGUGGAUGCCCUCGACCUGUGGCUCCCUCUUCACUGAAAAGGCCUGCUAUUGUGAACACGAAUAAAUCAGCAACUAAAGCCUCAAAAGUUUCUAAAAUACCCAUUCCAAAGCCAGGUUUGGGUGCGCUUUCUAGAACUACAAAGGGUGCUGCACUAGGUUCAAGUGACUCAAAGCGUAAUCAGAUUGCUCAACCAGUUAAUGUUCAGAGGAAGAAUGGAUCAAAGGAUUCUGACAAAAUUAGAAGUGCACAAAGUAAACCAAAAGCUGGUCUUGCUAACAAAUCUAUAACUGCCGGAACCUCUGUUAGACAAUCUAGAAGAAAUGUGGUCAAUUUGGCAUCAGAAAAACACCUGUCAACCAAUUUACCGCAUCCUCCAGUUACUGAGACAAAUAAUGGCUUUGGGGUCAUUCCAGAUCCUUUACCUCAUACUAGCCAUACAGCAAACAUUCAUAAUUGUGGAGGCGCCAAAACUACAGUUUCCUUCUUUCAAAAUGCUUGCUACACUGGUGGAAACAUGCAGCAUGCACAAUCUCAAAUCACAAAACCCUCAGGGUUGCGGAUGCCAUCACCAUCCCUGGGAUUUUUUGGUCAGCCAAAGGCUGCAUCUAUGAGCCCAGGACAGAGAAGUUCUCAACCACAGAAUCUGUUUAAGUCUAAUAUUCCUAAUUUGAGGAAACCUGUUGCCAUAAACCACAUUCGUGAUCCGAGGCCCCCAGCUCACCCGGGCAAAUUUCCCAAUGUGAUCAACAAUGUGACACCAAAUGGAAAUAUGAAAGUAUUGGGCUCGAGUUUGGGAUGCUCUGUUCCAGCUACCCUUCACCUCGCUUCACAAAAUAGACAAGAUGAAAAAAUAACCUUCAUCAACAAAGUGAAUAAUGAGCAGAAGAUGGUAAUGGAGGUGCCAUUUGAUGACUGCAAGAGAGAUGAAGUGAUGAAAAACCAACAACAGCUUCAUGCCAUUCUUGAUGAUGCUGAUCAACAAGUUUUGGAACAUGCAGAACCAUAUAAAACUGAAAUGGUUUCUCGAAAGGACUAUAUAAAAUUGCUGAGCAUUGAUAAAAAAUUUCUCUUACAGGGGGAAACUAGUGGACAGUCAGAGAAAUCUGAUGACAACAAGGUCACCGAUGUUUGCAUGAGGAAACCGGAUUUAAGCAUGACUGAAUUGGAAAAGCACCAUUCAAUGUCUUGCCGUAGUAUUCCAGUUCAAGAUAAUGGUGCUUCUGGGACAAAUGACCUGAUUGCUCCCCAAGUUGUUGACGACAAACUAUACAAUUUGGCAAUUAAAAAUAAUGAUGCCUUUUCAGGUUCAAGAUCUGGAGAUGCCAGUUGUUACAGUACACAGAGUACUUUGAAAGCAAAUGAUGACUGGUUAAGCAGUGCACUUAAUGGCAAGGAACAAUCUGGCAAUCAAGCUAAGCUGACGAAGCAUUUCACCUGUAAAGAUGAUAAAAAUUCGAGUCAGAGGUUAUGGGCAAACAAUUGUGAUUUCCUUGUGGAUAGUGAAUCUCCCAAAGAGUUCCAAACAUUCAAUUGUAUGGCAGAUGUCAGCCCAAAAGUCCAGGAUAGUAGUGAAACUGAAUUGGAGCUGGCAAAAGAUGAUGCGAGUAAGGAUGGUAAGAUGAGCAGAAAAUCACUUGGAGAUGCACGAGUAGAGUCUUUAGAUGGUGAUGUAUCAAAUGAAAACCUAAGCACUUCUACACCUGAUAAUAAACUGUUAAUGGUUGAUGAAGUACAUACAAGAUUUGGAGAACAACUGGACAUCCCUCAGAGUCUCGAGUCUGUUGUAAUGGAAGCAAGUGGUUCUUGUGAAAGUAAAUCAAGAAAUAUUCUUUGUUUGAGAUCACCUGCAAUACAAGACUGCAGUCAUGAGGUGGCUAAGAUGGUAGAGUGCCAACGUUUACUAGAUUCUCCUUCAGUUUCUUUAGACAGCAAAGACAGAAAACCAGUGGUUGAAUACUGCAGUUCUUCUGUUGAUACACAGUUUAGGCAUGACUUGCAGCUCUGUGGUCAAGUUACUUCACUCGAAUUGGAUAUCAUUGGUGAAAACCAUACAACUGGUAAUGGUUGUCCAAAAAGUGGAGAUUUUAGUGGGACUGAAUUCGAAAAUCCUCAUCUGUCAAGCCAUCUAAGCCAUGCAGUGCAAGUUAAAGAUGGCUCUGGUUUAGACGAUGUGGUCCAGCAAGAAGACGUGGAAGAGAAAAAUUGCAAUUUGUCAACUAAAAUUCCCCAUGCCAUCUCUGAUUUUCAGCCUGGAGAUGACAUUGGUGGCAUUCACCAGAAUACUUCAGUGUUGUACAUAGAUUUAAUGAGUGGUAAGCACGAUGUAAAACAAAAGUCUGGGGAACAAGAAAAGCUGAUUUUGCCUUGCCCUUGUGAAGCGGAUACUAUAUCUUAUCGGGAGAAUCAUAAUCCAGAUACAUAUCAUAGCCUUUUGCUUGAGGAGAGUCAGUCUUUUGAAGGUUCCAUGAAAUUCAAUUGCAGGACUGUGGCAGAUAAUUUAAAAGUCCAAGCUUCUAGUGGAAGUGGAUUGGAAAAUCCUAAUGAUCCAUCUCAACACAGAUAUGCGGAUCAAGCAAUUGAAGAAGUUGAUGGACCUAAUGACAUGUUUAAGGAAUCCAAUAUAGUGCAAUCCCCAGAUGGCAGUAUAUUAGUUUACAGUUGGAACAGUAAUGUGAGUCUUUCAGCAGCAAGGAAUCAGCAUCUAGUGGUAGUUGACGACGUAAAUAAACAAUUUUCACGGCCCAGGUCUCAAAACUCUCUGAGUGUGGCAGAGCAAGUUUCCCAGAAUAAUUAUUUUGGUUUGUGUUUAAAGGAUGACUUGGCUACUCCCAAGGAACUCAAGAAGGAAAUUGUUUUUGAAAGUGGUUUAGACCAAUCUGAGGUGUAUGGAAGUUAUUCAAAAAGUUCCAACCUUUUGUCUCAGGUAACUUCUUUGCAAGAUGAUGGUCUGGGUGCAGAUCACAGGGCUGCGUGUUUGCAUGUGGUGGAUGCAUUGACAGGUUAUUUACAAGAUGAUGGCCUGAACACGGAUCACAAUGCUGAGUGCACGCACGUGGAUGAUGCAUUGACAGGAUCAGUUGCCUUUGAUCCAUUGGUUGAAAAACUUGACGAUUGUAGUGAUACAAAUCUCAGGAAUGAAAGUGGCCUCAGAGUUCAAGCAUCUUCUUUGGAAUUUGAUUCAUCCAGAAAAACGAGCACAGAUCAAAUUUCAGGGGCAGUAGACACUGGCAGUUCUAAUGCCUUCUAUUCUUUGAGGCAUGAAUCAGGAUUAUCUGUCGUAAUUGAUCAGGGAUCAAACAAUGGCAAUGUAUGGAAGAGUGGAAGUUUGCUAGGUGAAGUUGAAACUAAUCUCGCUCAUGCCAGUGAAAUGCAACAAGAGUUGGACCAGGACAUGUAUCCUAGUGGAAGUAGGGAUGCAACAAUUCAAUUGAUGAAACCUGAGAAUGAUAUGAGGCAAGAAGCUCAUGUGGUGGUAAAACCUCCAACUCAUGUUGUUCCAUUCUCUGAUGAAUGGUUAGCUGCAAUUGAAGCUGCUGGGGAGGAAAUUCUAACCAGGAAAAGUGGUGCUGUGCAAAACUCACCCCCAGACAAGUCUCAACCUGAACCCGGUCCUUGGUCCCCGGUUAGAAGAAAAAAUACACAAGGGGUGGGACCAUUUGACUGUACCAAAUGCACCAACAUUCCACCUUCUGGUUCCCAAUAACAAUUCGAAGGGUCUCUAACACAACCUUGACUGAUUUAGAAUCACGCAAUAUAUAAUUGCCGCAAUUAAUGCCUUAGCUCUGAAAAAAACAAAAUGCUUUAGAGAAAUUCCUUGUUCUCUUGUGAUUUCCUCCCAGAAUUUACUGUAUAUGUUCCACGACAUAUAGACAUAAUAAUAACUAACUAGUUAGGAAUUGAUGGGAGAUUAAUGUACAAUUUUUUUUCCUUUUAUAUGGACCCCCUCGUUAAUGGUUUAAAACUGUUUAAACGAAUUAAGUUUUUCAUUAUUGAAGGAUUCGACAUGGAUGUA